AUGAAUUCCAAUAAUUCACAAAAUCGCAAUCCCCGGAUUUCAAUAACGAAAUCCUCCUGUUUCUUCUCAAUUUUAGUCAUCGUCAUUGCAAUUUCAGUCUCAUUCAUCAUCCCCCAAACAAAUUAUGUAAAAACUCAAUACCUAAAUCCAACUAUCUCGUCGCUUCUUUCGCAUAUUUUGAGAAUUCGUGGGUUCAAUCGCACAAUUUUAAACCCUAGUAAAUCUACGUCAACAAGCCCUAAUCUGCUUCCUAAUCACUGUUUGCUAUGGAUGGCUCCGUUCUUUUCUGGUGGCGGCUAUUGUUCUGAAGCUUGGUCUUAUAUAUUAGCGCUCAAUCAGUAUAGCAAAACCAGUAGCUUCAGAUUGAGUAUCGCUCCACACGGGGAUAGCGAUAAUUUUCAAUUUUGGGAGGGUUUGCCUGUACAGAUGCAAAGGUUAGCUUCUGAGCUCUACCAAACUCAAUGUAGACCAGAGGAGUCGAUUGCAAUUUGUCACAGUGAACCUGGUGCUUGGAGUCCGCCAUUGUUUCAAACAACACCUUGUCCACCACCAAAUAGCAGGUUUACUAUUGGCCGAACAAUGUUUGAAACAGAUAGGGUGAACCCCGAGCAUGUAAAGCGAUGCAAUUCCAUGGAUAUGGUGUGGGUUCCUACUGAAUUUCAUGUGUCUUCUUUUGUAAAUAGUGGCGUUGAUCCAUCAAAAGUCGUGAAAGUCGUACAGGCCAUAGAUACAGAAUUCUUUGAUCCAAUCAAAUACACCCCAUUGGAUCUUUCAGCUUUAGGGAAUUUGGUACUCGGUUCUAGUUCAGAGCGAUUGAAUUCUAGAAAUCCAUUUGUGUUCUUGAGUGUGUUCAAAUGGGAGUACAGAAAAGGUUGGGAUGUUUUACUACAAUCUUACCUUAAAGAAUUCGAUUCUUCUGAUGGGGUUAACUUAUACCUUUUAACAAACCCUUACCAUUCUGAUAGAAAUUUCGGGAACAAGAUUCUGGAAUUCAUACAAGAUUCCAAAUUGGAAAAACCCAUAAAAGGUUGGGCUCCAGUUUAUGUGAUUGAUUCUCACAUAGCCCAAGUUGAGUUUCCAAGACUUUAUAAAGCAGCCGAUGCUUUUAUCUUGUCAUCUAGAGGUGAAGGGUGGGGAAGGCCAAUUGUUGAAGCCAUGGCUAUGUCUCUACCAGUGAUUGCCACAAACUGGUCAGGGCCAACAGAGUAUUUGACCAAAGUCAACAGCUACCCACUCUCUGUUGAUAGAAUGAGUGAAGUUACAAAUGGACCAUUUAAAGGUCAUCUAUGGGCAGAGCCUUCUGUUGAUAAUCUAAUGUUUUUAAUGAGACAUGUAAUGAGCAAUCCAGAAGAAGCCAAGAGUAAAGGUGAGAAAGCCAGACAAGAUAUGAUCAACAAAUUCUCCCCUGAGAUUGUUGCAAAUAUAGUUUUUGAUCAAAUACAAGGAAUUCUUGAAAAACUAGACUAA